AUGGCUUCAACUUUAACACCGAUUCUUGAUUUAUCAACUCUUUCACUGUACAAAGUGAAAACAAAUCCUAUCUCUUCACUUGCCAAUCAAAACGAACGACGUCGUGAAGUAUUAAAACGACAAAAAGAAAAAAGAGAACAAAAAAUAUCUCAACUUCGUUUUUCAGCUAAUGAUAAUGAAUCCAAUGCAAAUGAUAAGCCCCAAUGGCCACCUCGUCAACAUCGUAAAAAUACAUCGUUCACUUGUCCUAUUGGUAUGAUGCUUGCUGAAUGGUUAUUUUCAGCUCCUGAAGAUAUAUCAUCAUGGUUUAUAAUUCCAUGCCCACGUGGUCAACGUUGCAUGGUUGUUUGCCAAUCAAAUCGCACACAAGUUUAUGGCAAAUACGGUAAUCUGAUGAGAACCAUGUUUACUCAAUUACCUAAACAAACAAUUCUCUAUUGUAUAUAUGACUAUCGUUCGUCAAUUUAUCAUAUAAUUGAUAUAAUAAUGUGGAAUGGACAAGAUUAUUCUACACAAAUUGAAUGUCAAUGCCGAUUUUUUAUGUUAACAUCAUUAUAUGGUGAUUCAAGAUUAAAUAAAAAUUUUCAAAUACUUCUUCCUAUGAAAAUUGAAGAUAAAAUAGAUUUAAUUGAAGCUGAAGAUGGCUAUUUAUUUUAUCAUCCAUUAGGUUUCUAUGAAUCGGGUUAUUCUCCGCUUGUUUGUUGGCUAAAACCAUUUAUGAUUGAAGAAAUUCUUGGAAUUAAAUUAUCUUAUCCAGUUAAUAAACCUAAUGGAUAUAUAACAGCACAAGCUUAUAUGUUCGAAGAACAAUCAAAUAGAAAAGAAAAACAAUUUGUUGAAAAAUCACACAAAAAAAGAAACAAGAAAAAGGAAGAAAAACAACAAGAAGACGAAGGCGAAGAAGAUUUAAUGACCGUAGAUAAUUAG